CUUCCGGGCUGUGGUGAGCGUGCAUCCUGCUACAGUUGCAGUUAACAUAUCCCAGUUUUAGGAUAGGAACGCGAUUACUCUGUCUGCUGACAUGAAUAGACAUAAAGUGAGAUUCAUUCAGACAAUAACUCUGAUGUGUGUGUAUGUCGUGUGUUUAUUUAUUAUGAUACAAUGACUCAGAACUGAUUGAUUUCAUGACUCGUCAGUACAGGAACACAAACUCAAACUAAACAAUCAACUCAUGCAAGAGGUACAACAAAUGACACACACACAAGACACACAAACCUUUAUUGUAGUUAUUGUGUGUGUAUUUGUGUGUAGUUCAGUUGUGUGUGCUGCUGUGUGAUAUUAUUGUGGUUUGUUAUCAGUGUGACACAGGUUGUGUUUGUCUUAAAGGCGUUGCUGUUACACAAGCUGAUAUGAAUUUGACCAAAACUUGACUCUUUCGGACACUUUAUAUUGCACACAUCUGUGUUAGACAGCAGUGUUAGAUGUAUGUGCAAAAAUGAAAGUGCUUCUUUUAAAAGAACCAAGAGAUGAUGAAAAUGGAGCAGACCCUUAUAUUAAGGAACUCUCCUCAUAUGGACACACAGCUGAUUUAAUUCCUGUGCUGUCUUUUACAUUUGUGUCUUUGGAUGAGCUGUCAGAGCGGCUUUUUCAGCCCGAGAGGUUUGGAGGUUUGAUCUUCACAAGUCCUCGAGCCGUUGAAGCUGUAAGGAUCUGUUUAGAGAAUCACAAACACGAGUGGGACACAGUAAAAGAAAAAUGGAAUUCAAAGUCAGUUUAUGUUGUUGGAAAGACUACAGCAUCUUUAGUUGUAGAUUUGGGUCUGAACCCGGUGGGUGAUGAUACUGGUACUGCAGACCGACUGUCUUUACUGAUCCUACAAAGAGAAAAUCCUCAUCUUCUGCCCCUCUUCUUCCCCUGUGGGUCCAUCAAGCGUGAGGUUCUGCCCACAGCUCUCAGAGAGAAUAAUGUUCCUCUGGAAACGCUGACCGUCUAUCAAACAUCUGAACAUCCGGACCUGCAGAAGAACAUCGCUGAUUAUUUUUCUCAGCAGGGCAUUCCCGCAAGUGUGGCGUUCUUUAGUCCAUCGGGAGUGAAGUUUUGUGUGGAUUUGAUGAAGAGACUUUCUGGGUCUCAGCUGGACCAAAUCAAGUUUGUGUCCAUUGGACCGAGCACAGCGGACGCACUGAAGUCUCACGGACUCACGGUCAGCUGCUGCGCUGAGAAACCUACAGCCAAACACCUCGCCAGUGCGAUCUCACAGAUCCUAAUGACCUCUGACCCCUCAGUUCUGAACAGAUGCAGAGCUUUAACGAUGCUGGCUGUCAUCCGGCUGAUCUUCAUCAUCAUCAUCAUCAUCAUGACGCGUGCAGAGAAGAUCUUCCACAACAGAGAUCAUUCUGAUGUUUACAUGAACAACAUUCAUCAGACUGAAGCCAUCACUGAUACAAACACUGCUCAGAGAUUUCUAUUAAAGUAUGGAUUCAUAAGAGCAGCAGACAGUGAUGAACUUCAGAGCUUAGCAGAAGACGUAAGCGAGACAGAGGACAGCCUCUCGCUGGACCUGGAGGAGGGUGGAGCUGCAUCCCGAUCCAUCAGCCCUGAACUCCCAAACCAGAGACCAGAGUUCAUCUCAGCACUCAGAGAGUUCCAGAGAGUGUCCGGUCUCCCUGUGACAGGGGUGGUUGAUGAUGCCACCAAAGCUGCCAUGAACGAACCCAGAUGUGGCGUCCCAGACCACGACGAAGAAGAGCCAGAGCAGAUCGAGUCCAACAGCAUCUCCAUAAACAACCCCACUGAUGUCAAUGAACUCAACAUCUCCGCACACAACCACACUGAGAUCCAUCAGUUCAACAUCUCCACACACAACCAAACUGAGGUCCAUCAGUUCAACAUCUCCACACACAACCACACUGAGGUCCAUCCGUUCGACAUCUCCACACACAACCACACUGAGGUCUAUCCGUUCGACAUCUCCACACACAACCACACUGAGGUCCAUCCGUUCAACAUCUCCACACACAACCACACUGAGGUCCAUCCGUUCGACAUCUCCACACACAACCACACUGAGGUCCAUCCGUUCGACAUCUCCACACACAACCACACUGAGGUCCAUCGGUUCGACAUCUCCACACACAACCACACUGAGGUCCAUCAGUUCAACAUCUCCAAACACAACCACACUGAGGUCCAUCCGUUCAACAUCUCCACAUACAACCACACUGAGGACCAUCCGUUCAACAUCUCCACACACAACCACACUGAGGUCCAUCCGUUCAACAUCUCCACACACAACCACACUGAGGUCCAUCAGUUCAACAUCUCCAAACACAACCACACUGAGGUCCAUCCGUUCAACAUCUCCACAUACAACCACACUGAGAUCCAUCCGUUCGACAUCUCCACACACAACCACACUGAGGUCCAUCCGUUCGACAUCUCCACACACAACCACACUGAGGUCCAUCAGUUCAACAUCUCUACACACAACCAAACUGAAGUCCAUCAGUUCAACAUCUCCACAAACAACCACACUGAGGUCCAUCCGUUCAACAUCUCCGCACACAACCACACUGAGGUCAAUGAACUCCACAUCUCCACACACAACCACAAUGAGAUCCAACUGUUCAACAUCUCCACACACAACCACACUGAGGUCCAUGAGCUUAGUGCUGAUGUUGGGAAUAGCAGUGAUACGUUCAAUGACACUCAUCAUCAAAUGAAAUCUCCAGUGAGAAGAAAACGUCACCUGGCAGCACUGUUGAGGAAAAGACGAAAGAGAGACGUGAACAAUUGGGCGGGUCACAUGGCCUUCUCCCAGACUCUUUUGAGAUGGCGUCUGAUUGGAGAAGGUUACAGCAGUCAACUGCCCAUUGAUGAGCAGAAAUAUAUCUUCAGACUUGCCUUUCGUAUGUGGAGUGAAGUUUCUCCUCUGGAGUUUCUGGAGGAUUUACAUUCUCCUCUGGAAGACAUUGACAUCAGGCUGGGCUUUGGAACAGGCAGACAUCUGGGCUGUUCACAGAGAUUUGACGGCGCAGGCCGUGAGUUUGCUCACGCGUGGUUUCUGGGAGACAUUCAUUUUGAUGAUGAUGAACACUUCACCAUUCCAAACACAGGCAGUGGGAUCAGUCUGCUGAAGGUGGCAGUUCAUGAGAUUGGACAUGUUUUAGGACUCCCUCACAUCUACCGGACUGGAUCCAUUAUGCAGCCAAGUUAUCUGCCCCAGGAUGCGGGCUUUGAGAUCGACUGGAUGGACAGAAAGUCUAUUCAGAAUCUGUAUGGUGUGUGUAAGGGUCGAUUCAGUGCUGUGUUUGAUUGGAUCAGAAGAGAGCAGACGCCCUACGGUGAGGUCACGAUCCGUUUUAACACCUACUUCAUGCGGGAUGGCUGGUACUGGCUUUAUGAGAACCGCAAUAACAGAACUCGAUAUGGAGAUCCAGUAGCGGUGCAGGCCGGGUGGCACGGUCUGCCUGCCAGUGGAGUGGACGCUUAUGUUCAUGUGUGGAACCGCAAAAUGGACGCUGCUUACUUCUUUAAAGGUGUACAGUACUGGCGCUAUGACAGUGAGAAUGAUCAAGUCUUUGCUAAUGACUCAAACGGACGCUCGUACCCCCGUCUGAUCUCUGAGGAUUUUCCUGGUGUGAUCGGACCUGUGGACACGGCGUACUACGACAGAAGAGACGCUCAUAUCUACUUUUUUAAAGGCUCACAGGUGUAUAGGUUUGAUGUACGAAAGAACCGCUUGGCUUCAUCUUCCCCUCAAAAGAUCACUGAAGUAUUUCCAGCCGUUGUCUUUGGUAAUCACCCGGUCAGUAACCUGGACGCCUCUUAUUUUUCCUACACACACAACACCAUCUUUCUGCUGAAGGGAGCGUCAUACUGGCGUGUGGUGAACAGCAGGGAUCGCAGGCGGAAACCAUCACUACCUCUGAAUGCCGUUCUGCCCCGGAGAGAUGUGGACCAGCAGUGGUUUGAUAUCUGUGACGUACACAGCAGCUCUCUGAGAACCUCACGCAGAUGACCCAAAACUGAUCUCUGGUCAGCAACAUCAGUAAAGGUUCAAUCCUGCUGUGGAUCUGACAGAAAAACUCAAUCAUGUUUGAACAAAUGCUUAUAUUCUGUUUACAUGAUCUUGCUUUUUCUAUUUCAGGGAUGUUGUGUUUUUAAUCUCUGUGUUAGA